AGUGAAUAUCAAACACAGCAAGAGGUUAUGUUUACGUUUGCACAAGUUAACAAUUGCACUUAACUUGGAACUAUGACAGGGGGUCCUUACCAAGUGUCAAUCCGCAUUCCGUUUCCCACCGAGCGAGAAGCAGAAAUAGCGUACGACGUGCUCAGAGUCGACGCGGAGCCGAAGCGAAGUUUCAUCACCAAACAGCUGAGUCGGGAAGGAAACAUUCUGCAAGCGGAUUUCACGGGCGAACUCGCUAAGAACGUCCGUGUGGGACUCACAUCCUUUUUCCAGUCGUUGAUGCUAUGCUGUGAAACCAUUAAAGAGUUCGGUCCGCCGUCAGAAAAGUACGAUCAUUACUAGGUUUUCCCGCCGGCCUUAGCCACCAUGCCCGAGCA